AUGGGUUGCGUUGGCAGCAAAGAAGCAAAGGCUGCACUAGCCCGUUCGAAAACAAUUGACAAAACCUUGAAAGCUGAUGGAGAAGCAACUUCAAAGCAAGCAAAGCUGCUUUUACUGGGUGCUGGAGAGUCAGGAAAGAGCACCAUAGUUAAACAAAUGAAAAUUAUACAUCAGAAUGGCUACUCAAAAGAGGAGUGUAUGAAGUACAGACCUGUGGUGUUUAAUAAUACGGUGCAGAGCAUGAUGGCAAUAUUGCGAGGCAUGGAGCAUCUAGACAUAAGCUUUGCGAAUGAAGAACGCAAUACGGAUGCCAUGCUGGUACUCAGUUUCGCUAAUGCGGAUGUCACUGAAUUUUCCCGCGAGUUGUCGCUGGCCCUUAUGCGGUUAUGGUGUGACCCUGGGGUUCAGACAGCAAUAUCUAGGUCCAGAGAAUUCCAGUUAAAUGAUUCAGCCUCAUAUUACCUGAACGCAGUUGAGCGGCUGUCAGACCCGAACUAUAUUCCUUCGGAGCAGGACGUUUUGCGCACACGAGUACCAUGCUAUCGGUUGUGUAACUUUCUCAGGAUGUUUGAUGUCGGGGGUCAGCGUACGGAGAGGAAGAAAUGGAUGCAUUGCUUCGAAGGCGUGACCGCCAUUAUCUUUGUGGUAGCACUGAGCGAGUAUGAUUUAACUCUUGCUGAGGAUCAAGAAGUCAAUCGAAUGUUGGAAUCGAUGCGGUUGUUUAGUUCGAUUUGCAACAACCAAUGGUUUGUGGAAACUAGUAUUAUUUUGUUUCUGAAUAAACGGGAUCUGUUCGAGGACAAAAUCACCAAGUCGCCCCUCACAAUAUGUUUUCCUGAGUAUAUGGGCCUGAACAAUUACGAAGAAGCCUCGCAAUACAUCAGACGUCGUUUCGAAGGUUUGAGUGGACAAAAUAAGGCGAAAGAUGUGUACUCCCAUUUUACCUGUGCCACAGAUACAAACAAUAUCCAGUUUGUUUUUGAUGCGGUCACUGAUGUCAUUAUCAAGACCAAUUUGAAAGACUGCGGGCUUCUGUAAUUGUCAGCACACGUUUGCUUAUAGUUCUACUGACGUAAUUUGCAUUUUGUGUAUACAUCAACCUCAGUCAGUGGGUAACUUGCAUUUCUCAAAUAUUUUCCUGUUUAUUUUCCGCUUCUGUUGAUGUUUUUAGUGUUGACAUGAUCACAUUUACUGAAAAUCAAUCCAUU